AUGGCGCGCGCGCCUUGGGUGCGCGAGCCGGGGGUCGCUGUUGAUUCCGCAACGAAUAAGCGGAAGCGGCGCAAGAUCACCUCUCGGCGACAGUUCGUACUGCUCGCACAGGAUAUCGGCGAGCGCCGCGCCGCAGCCACAGCGGACCCCCUCCUCUCCCCCGCCGACGAGUUCGCUACGCAGCAGGAACUUGCGCGCGAACUCGUCGACGUAAGCCGCGAGUACACCAACGAACCCAUGGGGUUUACGCCGAUUGACAUCGGCGACAACGAGUGGGGCCCGGAGGGGCUGCUGAGGGCCUUCUCGGUCCUCGCCGGCCACUUCGAAACCCUCGAGUUGUGCCUCUUCGGUGUCCUUCGUGCUUUGCGUGACAACGCCGGCGGCUUCGACCUGAAGUCGCGUGUUUGGGGGCUCGUGAAGACAGCCCUCGGACCCGCGAACUUCGGUUCGCUUGUCAUCUUCAACGUUGUGUGCUUUUCGGCGACGUACAACAUCGGCAGGAAGAUCGUGGCCCACCUCCCGCACGAGGUCUCCAAGGAGCUGAACGCUCUGCAAGUCGCAGCUCUCAACACGCUGGGCACGCCGACGAACUUUGCGGGCUUCGGCAAAGCGGUAAGUCUAGCGGGAGAUAGGGGAAUAGCGCAAGUGGGUCACGCGCAUCUCCUUCCCGCCAGACGGUGCCGCUCAUGGAGAACUCGUGGUGGGAGUGCGGCGGCUGCACAGCUGGCCGGCGUCGCCAGCUGUGCCGGGGUUGAAACGUGGACCAAGAAGGAGAUCCCGGAGAAGGGCAAGGCCGCGAAGAACCGGACGCUCUGGAACGACGACAAGCUUAAGGUGCACAGGAAGAAGUGCGUGCACCUCAGCAUGUUCACCCAGGCGCGGUGGGUCCGGAUCGUGCUGUGCCGCCCGGAGUGGCUCGAGGGCUUCCAGCACCUGGUGACCUUCCUCGGCGGCGCUCCCGACGCCGCGGACAAGCUCCGCGCCGCGCUCGUCAAGGAGAUGGGCAGCGAAUGGGACGAGGCGUACGCGAUCAAGAUUGAGGCAUACCGCCGCGACUGGCUCAAGAGGCACGGCCUCUACGGCACCGAGUGGUCGGCGACGCGGAGGCGCUGGUUCCGGAGGCAUAUGCAGAAGUGGGGCCGCUUCGGGCGCAACGUGGACCCCGUCACCCUCGAGAAGAGGCUCGAGGCUGCCCGCGAGCACCUCAGCAAGUGGGGGUACUGCCGCGGCUCGGAGUGGACGGACAAGGAGCUCGCCGACCAGAAACUCAAGGCCGCCGCCAACCUCAACCUCCACGGGUACGGCCGCGGCUCGGAGUGGACGGACAAGGAGCUCGCCGACCAGAAGCUCGAGGCCGCCGCCAACCUCCGCGAAAACUCCAAGAAGGGCAGCGACGCGCAAGUCGCUGCGAGGCAGGCGAGGGGCGCGUUCCCGACGACCGAGCACGUCGGCGUGUCCUGGAACAACACCAAAGACAAGUGGGAUGCGGGGUUUCACCUCCGCGGAGUCGACGGGAAAAAGCGGACGCACGUGAACUGUGGAACGUUCGCGCGCGAUGACGUCAACCAGGCGGCUGCGGCCAUCGCGACAAAGCGCACCGCGCUCGGGCUGCCGCCGGCGGGGACAGGGGAAAAGGUUUCCGACGAGCUCAUCCGCGCCGCCACCAAGAUGGUCGAGAAGACCAAGAGGAAGCGCCCGGCGUGCCCCAAAUCCGGCUGCACUGGUGUCGUCUGGUGCAAUCGAGAGAAGAAGUGGAUAGCGAAAGUCCCGGCACGCCACGGUGGGCACCUCGGCUACUUCAAGGACGUCAAGAAGGCGAUUGCGGCCGUCGAGGCGAGGCACGAGCAGGAGGGGUUGCCGCCGGCCAAGAAGAAGCGCACCGCGCUCUGA